AUGGAGAAGACGGACACCCUCGCGUCCGAUAUUAGUGCCAACAACGAUGAGAUCAUUGGGUUUGAGGCCGAUGAGGCCACUCUACCCAAAGGCUAUUUCACCAGCCGAUUCUUCCUCGGGUCCAUGCUGGCCACAGGUCUCGGGUUGAUGUGCGGCGUAGGCGCCUUUGGCUACGCUGCAGCCAUCCUCACACAGAUCAAUAACGAUCUUGGUCCGGAUCCUCGGUUCACCUGGGUCUCGCUGGUCUACAAUGCUUGCUUGGCCGUCUGUCUGGCACCUGUCGGCCGCUUGAGUGAUAUUUUCGGACGUCGAUGGUUCUUCAUAGGCGGUGGUGUGAUAUCUGUGGCGGGCUCUAUUGUUUGUGCUACCGCUACGAGUAUUCCGAUGCUCAUUGGUGGGAAUGUACUGCUCGGUAUCGCGACAGCAACCCAACUCUCCUUCCAUUUCGUCAUGGGCGAGCUCGUUCCCAUGAAGUACAGAUACAUGGGUAACGCUUUCUUGUACAUCUUCUGUAUACCCGGCUCCGGUAUGGGUCCCGUCAUUGCAACGGCGUUCGUUACGUACUACCCCCGCGUCGGUUGGCGCGGACCAUACUGGCUUCUACUUGCCGUCAACAGUCUCGCUCUUCUUUGCUGGGUUCUGUUUUACUACCCACCAACCUUCCAUGAGAAGCACAAACGCGACAUCGACAGCAAAAUGUACUGGGUAAAGAACUUCGACUACCUCGGGACUCUCCUGUUCGCUGGCGGUUUCGUCUCCUUCCUUCUCGGGCUCAGCUUUGGCGGUUCCAUAUAUCCAUGGAAAUCUGCAUCGACCAUUGCUCCGAUCGUCGUUGGGAUCAUCGUCCUGGUAAUCUUCGUUCUCUACGAGAUCUAUGUGCCCAAGGAGCCGUUGAUUCCAAUGCAUCUUUUCAAAAGCAUGCGCUGGACCGCGGCUGUUGUCUUGCUCGGACUUGGUGCAGGUGUCUACUACGCCUUCGCCAUCAUCUGGCCACUGCAAGUCGCUGUGCUUUAUGGUGGCGGAAACCUGAUGUAUGUCGGAGCGGUCUCUGUCAUUGUCGGCAUGGGCAUCAUUAGCGGCCAGGUCCUUUGCGGAGUGCUCGCGAAGAAGAUCGGGAAGACGAGGUAUCAAUGCAUGGUGGUCUUUGCCAUUGGCGGUCUGUUCCUGGCUUGCGCUGCAACGUGUACGCCCGAUAAUAAAAAUGUUCAGAUUGCACUCAUCUACAUCGGCUGCUUCUUCAUCGGCUGGAAUGAGACCAUCUGCCUCGCCAAUGCCACCAUACUGGUCCACGAUCAGCGCGAAAUCGGAGUCGCAGGCGGUGUCGCGGGUUCCGUGCGCUCAGGCAUCUGCGCCAUCCUGACCACCGUCUACGUUUCGAUCCUCACAAAUCGUCUCACAGAAACCGUUUCCACGCAAGUCCCACCUGCAAUCGUCAGUGCCGGACUUCCAGCGACGAGUGUAGUGGACUUCCUUUCCGCGUUUACAGUAGGAACUGCGGAGGCAUUUGCGGCGGUCCCUGGUGUUACGGCGGAGAUAAUUGCUAUCGGCACUAGGGCGUACCAGGAGGCGAAUGCGGAUGCGUACAGCACGGUGUACCUGAGCACGAUUGCUUUCACAGGCAUUGCGCUUAUUUUGACAUUCUUUGCACCCAACACGGACGAAUUGAUGAGCGGCAAGAUUGUUGCUACGCUGAAUCAUGAGGGACAGGUUAGCCAGGAGAAGAUUGCUGAGGAAGGAAGGAUAUGA